GCCAUCUCCGGUGGUUGCUAAUUUCUGCACCCGCCGAGAAACACUCCGGACACAGCUCGAUGUCUGGGCAGUCGGUGCACCGAAGCCGUAGAAGUUGAUAAAGAAGAUGAAAAUGUGGUAUCAUUUCAUGAUGAACAAGCCAAAGAGGAGGCUCCAGCUACUGAAGAUGUGGACAUCAUCACUGCAAGUGGAAUCAUGGAUGAUCUCAUGAAUUAUGAUCAGCUCCUGUCCCAUGAUGCCAGUGUAAUAUUUGAAGUUAACAGCAGCGAUGGGGAUGGGCCCCACAUGCUGGAUCUAGAGACUCCAGACAGUCCUGCAAAAGAGGCUGAAAUAAAGGAAGUCACUGCUGCUGCUGCUACUCCUUCUCCAGAUGAACAAGAUGCCAACUAUGAAGAACACAUGCAGCUCCUCCAGCAGCUUAAUGAGGAGACAGAUAAAGCCAGCCAACGCAGCAGUCAGCUGCAGAUGAAGCUGGCAGAGUACCUCCGGAUGAAGGCUGUGGAUGAUGCUCAGCUGGAGCGGGAUGGGUUGGUAUCAGAGCAGAUGGAGGAGUAUGUGAAUUAUCUUAACAUCCUGAGUGAUCUGAAGCAGCAGCUCACCAUUGAGUCUGAGAGAGCUGAGCAGCAGGCAGAAGAACUGAGGUUACAGAGUCAAGAGAAACUGGACAAGGCUGACGAUAAAUGGCGUGCGUUCAUGGCGUUAAAGCAGGACGUGGCUGUGACGGUGCUCAGCCGCCUCUUGGGUAAAGCGUCAGCGCAGGCCAAGGUGGACUCAGCCCUGUCAGCAGAACAACUGCAGCAGGAUGAGCUGAUCAAACUGCGCCUCAAGCACCUAAAGCUGAAGAGAAAGGUCCACAGGUUGGAAACGGAGCUCCGAGAGGGGGACGAACGAUCCAGUGACCCUCUGCAGCUCCAGUACGAGCAGCUGCAGGCUCAGAGGCUGGAGCUCAAAAAACACAUCGAGAAGCAAAGCCAGGAAUCGAUGAAACUGCAGAAGAAGAUCAGCAGCAGCUUGGAGCUCCUGUCAAACAUAAAGGAGAAGCUGUACUGGAGCCGGGUGGAGGUCCGGACCAAACAAGAGCAGCUGGCGGAGGUGGAGGCCACGGUGGCCGCAAAGAGGGAGGUCCUGACCGGCAUCAAGAAUGAACGCAACAGGCUGCAGAGGGCCAACCUGAGGCUGAAGGAACACAGAGGCCUGCUGGGAAACACAGCCCUGCUUCGAGACUUCGAGGACACGGCUGACGCUUCCGAUCAGCUGGAGGAAAAACUGGAGAAGCUGAGAUGCAGGAGAGCCCAGAUUGUCUUCAACUUUGGCAAAAGGAAAACGAAUCUGUAGUGAAUUUCAUGUGUUU